GACCUCUUGGCCAUCUUGAAAUCUCGAAAAUCAUCGUCUCGCUCAAAGUUGACGCCAGACGACGCAAUCUCUUCCGUAAAACAUGUCCAACUUCGGUGGAGACGACAAGAUCGACCCCGUGCUGCGGCAGAUGAUUCAGGAAGAGCAAAUAAAAGCCCAGUUCCAGGCACAAGUCCACAAGUUUACCGACCAGUGCUGGGACACGUGCGUGGGGGACUCGCGACUGGGGAACAAGCUGGACUACCGGACAGAGGCCUGUCUACAGAACUGUGUGGAAAGGUUCCUGGACACCACGAUCUCUGUCACCAAUCGGUUCACUCAGCUGCUACAGAGGGGAGCCGCGGGAGGGAUGCACUGAGGAGGAACUCACACAGGAAGGACGCCCCCCUCCCCACAUCUACAGACUGAACCAGACAAUUCACUUACA